GCUUCGCUGACGUGCAGCAUAAUAGCGCACCGGUGAGAAGAAGCGAUUGGCAGCCGCUCGUAACUCCUGAACACGUUUGAACCUGCAGCGUGAAGGGGGGGGCGCCGAAAACUGCUCGUGACGUCACUGGCCGUGUGGCUCAUUACUAUCUCCCCACACACUCAAGCGCGCGCUCCACUUUAUGACAAUUCGCCCACUUCCUGUGCAUUCCCUAGAAGCCGCGGCAUCGCUCACUGUGUGACAGCUGAAAGGAUCCAGAAAACCGCACUCAGGAAAACAUGAAUGUGGACCAUGAAAUAACGCUGUUAACUGAAGAAAUCCGUCGACUUGGCAGCAAAAAUGCAGACGGGAAGACCAGCGUCAAAUUUGGAGUUCUUUUCAAUGACGACCGGUGUGCUAAUCUCUUUGAAGCCCUAAUGGGAACACUAAAGGCUGCCAAAAGGAAGAAGGUGAUCACGUUCAAUGGGGAGCUACUUCUACAAGGUGUCCAUGACAAUGUGGAUGUGGUCUUACUGCAGGAGUAAUACCGCUUAUUAUAAAGUCAAAGGUUUACAUUAACUGAAAUCAUGCAAUACUAUGUGAUUCACAUUAUUUCAGUCUCUGUUUUCCUCUUUGUAUUUUCUACAGAUAAAAUGUAUAUGUUUUCAAUUUUGCAUUAAAAUUUUUCCUUUAAAUUAUAA